CCACUAGCUCGAGCUGUCUCCGCUUUGCAUCUAUUUCAUUCAUUACGGCUUUUGUGGCCUUCUGGCACUAAACCAAAGAAUGGAGCUCCAGAAUGGAGCUGGUUAGGAUUUCUUCAUCGGACCGGAAAUGUUGAUGAAAUGGCCGCAUUUUUUGCACAAGUUUGA